UGCAUGACAAAGCAUACACAGGCAACAGACAGUAGGCCUAACCGGUUCAAGUGUGCUGCGUAACUUUUCGUCAACAGAGCUAACGUUAGCCUAGAUCGUCUACGAUUUUGACCUAGUUUUAGGUCAAGUGGACGAGCGAGUGAGAGCUACCUGUGAUUUGAUAAGAUGGAGUUUAUUUACUUUGCAGUGAAAGGCAGAGGUGAGACAAUUAGGCUGAUCAUGGCUGAUAAUAAUGUUAGCUUUACUGAAACAAACUGUGGGAGUAAUUGGACAGCUGAAUGGAAACCAAAAAUGGCUUUUGGACAGGCACCCUGUCUGAAGGACGGCGACUUGACACUCGUCCAAUCGAACACAAUCAUCCGACACCUGGCUAGAAAAUUAGAUUUGUAUGGAGCUGAUGAAUCGGAGGCUUGUCGUGCUGACAUUGUAAACGACAGUGUGGAGGAUCUACGUAGUGGCUACGUAAACCUUAUCUACAAGAAUUACGAGGCUGGCAAAGAGGACUAUAUUAAAGCUCUUCCUGCAAAAUUAGAGUACUUUGAGAAUUUCAUCAAAGACAAAUCACCUUACAUACUUGGGGAUAAGAUAUGUUUUGCGGACUACAGCCUGUUUGACGUUCUGGACGUCCACUUGAUUUUGGCACCAUCAUGUCUCGAUACUUUUCCCACUCUCAAGACAUUUUAUGCAGCAGUAGGGUCGCGUCCCAAGGUCAAAGCACAUAGGGAGUCUGAUGCAUUCAAGUCAAUGCCAGUUAACGGCAAUGGAAAACAAUAGACAUUCUUGCGUCAAUGGACAAUCAAAUGUCUUACUUCAGAUUAAGUAAUUUCAUAACCAGUGUUGAUGGUUGUAGUAUGGUGGACAUUAAAUGACCUGUAUAUAUAUACCUAUGUAAGGGUCCACCUGUGUUAAAUCAGGAAAUACUUAUUGACUAACAGCUGCUAUAGGGCAUAUUGUAUGUUAUCAGUCUUUAUAUUGAAAUUGUAUAUGAUAUUAAUACAGAUGGACAGUUUCUAUGAUGAUCAAUAUCAUUUGUACGAUGAUUGUCUUACAGAUUUAACGUACAUUAUUCAGUAUUUUCUUGGCAAGAUUUUAGAUUCACAUGAAUGUUCUGUGUUAUCUUGCCUGUAUAUACCAAGGUCUGAAUUUAGGCCUUUAGACUGAUUGUCUGAAAAUAAAAAUAAAAUAAA